GACUAUUUAGAACUGUUCCUGAAGUCCUUGGUGUAAUGUGUUGUUGCCUGCUUUUGGCUUGUGGCAACAGUAGCCAGCCAGAGCCAGAAUUCUGAGGUUUAUCUUCUGUCCGUGGAUGCCUUCUACGAUUCCAAGAUUUUUAAGUUGUUCUUUGCACUGUAGUUGGAACCGUCUACCUGCUUGGGAUCCAGAUUCUGAGGCAAUUCUUCCUGUUUCUCUUUUUAUAUGAAUUUCGUUGGAUGGCGGUAAAUCAGUUGAAGACCAAAAAGCUAGGUCAUUCCCAAGAGUAAAGCAGCAUUUUACGUAUGCUGUAUACCAAAUACAUUACUUAAGGUAUAGGAGAUCUGGAACAAACUUUUCAACGACCUAUUGGACGGAGUGGUUAUACGGAUUAAUUGCUCUGACUCUGCAAUCUGACGAAUUUAAGCUUCUGCGCAGAAAUUGCUUUGCCCAGAUCUCCCUCCCACCGCCGCCCGACGUAGAUUACGCAGUUCUGUGGUGUUCUUGGUCACACAUUUAUGGAGUUUCUGAAGGGCAGUGGAGAUUACUGCCAGGCACAGCACGACCUCUAUGCAGACAAGUGAACUGUAGAAAUUCAUUACUACUCCACCAAGAAGCCCCCAUAAAGAGUGGUUAACCUGGACACAGAAGUGUUGAAUUGAAAUCCACAGAGCAUUUUACAAGAGUUCUGACCUGGAUGGGGUAAACCUCAGUGCACUUCCUUUCUAUUGCCUCAGUAUUACUGGAUUGAAGAAUUGCUGCUUCUUAUUAGGAGGUUCAUUUCAUUUCCCAUUACUCCCAACUUCAUACUCAAAGCACUGAGAAUUUCAAGUGGAGUAUAUUGAAGUAGACUCAGUUUCUUUGCGUCAUUUCUGUAUUCAAUUUUUUUUAAUUCUUUCAUAACCCUAUUGAGUGUUUUUUAACUAAAUUAACAUGGCUCGAAUGAACCGCCCAGCUCCUGUGGAAGUCACAUACAAGAACAUGAGAUUUCUUAUUACACACAAUCCAACCAAUGCGACCUUAAACAAAUUUAUAGAGGAACUUAAGAAGUAUGGCGUUACAACUAUAGUAAGAGUAUGUGAAGCAACUUACGACACUACUCUUGUGGAGAAAGAAGGCAUCCAUGUUCUUGAUUGGCCUUUUGAUGAUGGUGCACCACCAUCUAACCAGAUUGUUGAUGACUGGUUAAGUCUUGUAAAAAUUAAGUUUCGUGAAGAACCUGGUUGUUGUAUUGCUGUUCAUUGUGUUGCAGGCCUUGGGAGAGCUCCAGUGCUUGUUGCCCUAGCAUUAAUUGAAGGUGGAAUGAAAUAUGAAGAUGCAGUACAGUUCAUAAGACAAAAGCGGCGUGGAGCUUUUAACAGCAAGCAACUCUUGUAUUUGGAGAAGUAUCGUCCUAAAAUGCGGCUGCGCUUCAAAGACUCCAAUGGUCAUAGAAACAACUGUUGCAUUCAAUAAAAGAUCAGGGGUGCCUGAUGUCAUUUGCCUUGGAAGUGGAAUUUGAAACAGGACCUAAUUUGUCAUACAUAUUAGCCAAUAUGUUGGCUUGGUGAUUAAGUCUAAAGAACCUUCCAUAGGAGUAUUGGAAAGCAGUUUUAUCAGGCCACAAGUUUGACGGGAUUGCAGCCUCUGUUUGGGUUACAAUCAACCUAUUUGGACACUUUGCAAAAGAUUCUUGCUUUACAGCAUUUAAAAUGUGCUUACCACUUGUACCAAUUGACCUUUCCUGAAAUCAUGCAGUACUGAGUUAUGUCUUUAAAUUUAUUCCCAUGCCAGAAUCUUAUCAAUAUAUAAGAAAUUUAGAAAGAUUAGGUGCCAAAAUAUCCAGCACAAUACUUGUUGUAUAUUUUUAGUAUCGUACAGAACUAAAAUCCCAGGAACUAUGAACACUCUGGGCCUUAUGUGGUUUAUUCCUUCAGUCAUUUCAAACAUAGAAAUUAGGGCCUAUAUGGUUAUUUGCCUGCUCACUUUAUGUUUACAUCUCCCACAUUCAUACCAAUAUACAUCAGGUUUGCUCAACUUCUUUCUCUUUUUUUUUUUUUUUAAAACCAGUCUUACAAUGAUUAUUUCAUGUCUUUCUACAAAUUGCAUUUUGCGCUGUUACGGAAAACCUCCAUUUUGAAAAUCUACGUUGUACAGAAGCACAUGUCUUUAAUGUCUCCAGACAAAAAAGCCUUACAGUUAAUUUUAAUGUUUGCACUUUGGGGUGCAACUUACAGGGAGGGCCUGAAAAAAGAACGGGAGGGGGCUAUUAAGUAUUUUUAGUAAAAUGUUGCCUUUGUCUUGUGCAGAACAUGUAGAAUAUGCUCUUUAAUUUAGUAAAUAUUUUUUUAAAAGGUAGAGAUGCUUUGUUAUUGUAGCUAAAACAAUUCUUAAUCAUAAAAUUUCUGAAAUUCUUGUAAUUUUUUUUCUUAUCUGAAGUUGUUUAUCAACAUAUUUUUGUUUGAAGUGUGAUUUUUUUUUUCUUCUCUUCCCAACCUCUCUUGCAAAAAAAAAAGUGGGUUUCUGCUAAUGAAUUGAGCAGACAUCUAAUAUUUUAUAUGCCUUUUGAGCUGUGUAACUUAAUAUUUGGAUACUUGAUAAUUUGUUUUAUUAUGUAAUUGAUAAAUGGUGAUGUGUAUUAAUGUUAGUUCAACCAUAUAUUUAUACUGUCUGGGAAUGUGUGGUUGUAGUUCUGUGGGAGAAAUAAUUUGUCAGUGUUCACCAGCUUGUAAAAAUCUAGUGCGAGAGCUUAAACAUCUAAAUAAAUAAUGAAAUGCAUUUAUCAUCA